AAAAUAUGAAGUGUUGAUUGUUAGUUAAUAAUAUUUAUACAAUGAUUAUCAGAAAUUUUUAUUACUAUUUAAUAAUUGUUAUAAUAUUGUUGUUAAUUGAUAUACCUAAAGGUUUUUCUAUUGAUUUAAAUGUACGAAUUAUAAUACCAGAGAAUGUUUACGAAAAUGAUUCAAUCACCCUGUACUGUUUAUAUGAUCUAGGAAAUCAAGCAUUAUAUGCAGUAAACUGGUAUCGUGGAGAACAUGAAUUUUUCCGGUAUAAUCCACAAGACGUUCCUGCAUACAAAAUGUGGCCUUACAUAAAUAGCCAAUACAAUAUACCUGUUGAAAUAUCAAAUUCUGAUGAAAAUAAAGUUACAUUUAAAGCUGUAAAUAAAAUACUAAGUGGAAAUUUUACUUGUGAAGUGACUACAGAUGUACCUCUUUUUUCAAUUGGUUCGGCAACGGCUUUGUUAAAGAUUAAAUCAAAACAACCGAUGAACAUACAAGAAUCAUAUUCACAACCUAGAUCGUCAUCAAAUACCUUUUAUUACACAAGUGUUCAAAAUACUCAAAAAUAA